GAAAAAAAUCUCAGGAGAAUUUGAUAGGGAUCUCCAACGCCGAUCAUAUGACAAUUCAAUCCUUUCCUAUUAAUACGCGGUCGUAGUGAUGGAUGCAAAGAAACAUCUCCUCCAACAUCACCAUGUCGCCCAUUAGCACUGUUGUGCAAGCAGUGUCUGAGACUGCCUCUGAUUGGGGCUUGACUAUUCGACAUUUGUACUAUUUUAUUGGAGCGCUAGUCGUGUACAAAGUCAUUCAUCAGCUCUUCUUAUACCCAUAUCUCUUGUCCCCUCUUCGUUCUGUCCCUGGACCGCCGACUGGAGAACCUAUUUUUGGACCAGCGGCGAAGCUUUUCGAUAGUGAGCCGGGUAUGGCUGAGCAGGAGUGGAUUAAGAAAUACGGAUCUGUCAUACGAAUCUUGGGACCCAUAGGGAACGAGCGCUUAAUCUUCAUGACUCCAGAGGCCCUCUACCACAUCCUAGUAAAAGGGUGGUUAGAUUAUCCUAGGCCGCAGUAUCUGAGGCAUAUCUUGGGCCUCGUUGCUGGUUAUGGCUUGCUCACUGUCACUGGAAAUGAGCAUCGACAGAUGCGCAAAGCAAUGAACCCAGCCUUCUCAAUCCCGAAUCUCAUGGCGCAAACUGAUAUGUACUACGAUCCAAUCGAAGGCCUCAUCGGUGUUCUUUCAUCUCAACUUCCUGGCCCUGAAGGAGCUGUUCUACCUGUAUAUGAAUGGAUGAGUAAAGUGACGCUCGAUAUCAUCUGCAAGACAGCUUUUGACUACCAUACCGACUCUCUCCAUAACCCGCAUAAUGAGCUAGCUGAGGCAUAUGAAAAGCUGCUUAGCCUACAGUCAGGUCCGAAUAUGAUUCGCUUCAUCUUUGUUGUGUCACUCCCGGGCGGGGCAAAAUUCUUCUCAUCAAAGCUCGCCUAUAAAAUAAGAAAUGUAUUCUCUUAUAUUCGACUCCUUGCACCUCUUACACCUUUAAUCGACUCAACACACCGUAUUCGAGAUAUCUCGAAACAUAUUCUUGACCAGAAAAUGAAAGAGACCUCCGAAUCAGGGAUCACUGCUGAUGAUACACACACGAAGAAAGAUAUUAUGAGCAUCUUGGUGCGCGCGCGGCAAGCUGAUUUAUAUAAGGAUCGGACAGCAUAUGCGAUUAGUGAUGCUGCGAUGAUAGACCAAGUUCUGACAUUCCUCGGAGCCGGUCAUGAGACUACAGCGAGCGGCUUGACUUGGACCCUUUGGCUUUUGGCGAAUGACAAAAAAAGCCAGCAACGCUUGCGCGAUGAAGUAUGUCCAGUCAUGGCAGCUAACCCCAGGCCCGAUUACAAGACGUUGAAAAGUAUGCAAUGGUUGGAUUGUGUCGUGAUGGAAAGUCUGCGUGUGAUGCCUCCCGUUCCGGCGACAGUUAGAACAACCGCUAAAACUGAUUACAUCGAGGGAGUUCUUGUUCCGAAGGGUACUCUGUUGCAUCUCUGCAUUCGAGGCGUGAAUACCUGGCAGACCAUCUGGGGCGAAGACGCCGAAGAGUUCCAUCCAGAACGAUGGCUGAACUUGCCCAAAGCAUACAACCCCGCUUUCUCUCUUCUCUCAUUCAUUGCUGGACCGCAUGGGUGCAUCGGCAAGACCAUGGCGAUCAUCGAGAUGAAGGCUGUUCUAGCGGUAUUGAUAACGAAUUUUGAAUUUGAACCUGCAUAUGAUGGUCAACAGGCCCAGCCUGCUGCUGCGAUUACGAUGAAACCUGCUGAUGGAAUGCCUUUGAGAAUUCGCCGUGUAUCAUGAGGAGAAUAUUUAUUUACUGCUGUCUUUUGUAUGAUACUGUAUCCUUGACGCGUCGAGCCCCUAUCUUGACGACUGCGCCACGUGCAAGCACCGUUUAGUC